GCUCCAGUGCUGUGUCGAGCGCUGCCUAACGGACAGGGUCAGUUCAAUACCCCUCCCCCUCAACGAGUGUUUUACGAACAAUGGGGUCAUUACCACGAAUACGACCCCCGGAACCGACCUCUUGAGUCCGAUCGCAAGCCCUAUGACGGCUAUAGGUCUGGCGUCACUCCCGACCCGAGCCGUCGGCGACUCAUUGAAGACGCGGGAGAUUUGCGCUGCAAAGAGGCUAUACGUCAAGGUUUGGAUGAGUUUAUUACUGUGAACACCAAUUACGGCAAUGUUGUCGGACGGAUGGUAUACCUACACUUCUGGAAGAAUGUGACCACUUUUCUAGGCGUCCCUUACGCCAGACCUCCCACUCGUGAGGAAAGACUUAGGUUUAAACCACCACAAGUGCCCAUUCAAUGGGGCAGUAGAUAUGCUCUCAAGUAUGAGGACUCGUGUCCACAGUAUAUACGAUAUAUCGGCAAAGAUGUUGGUAUUCCCCGUACGAGCGAAGAUUGUCUAUAUAUGAAUAUAUUCACUCCAUGGGCGGCAUCGAAAGUACGCUACCCCUACCCGGUGAUGAUAUACAUCCAUGGUGGAUUUUUCCAUUACGGCUCAGGCAAUGCAUUCUCCGGCCAUAUGUUGGCCGCCUCUCAAGAAGUAGUUGUCGUUACUUUCAACUAUCGUUUGGGACUUUUGGGAUAUAUGGCGACCGCAGACAACGCUUCGGCCGGAAAUUUUGGGCUUUUAGAUCAAAUUCAAGCAAUCAAUUGGGUUCGUGAGAAUAUCAUUAAUUUCAAUGGAGAUCCCGACAGAAUCACACUUUUUGGUCCCGAUGCCGGCGCCGCCAGCGCUGGACUAUUGGCUAUAUCUCCACAAACUAAAAAGUACGUGAAGCGAGUGAUAGCGCAAAGUGGUUCGGCAGUGGCCGACUGGGCCCUCAUUCGUGACCCGUUGUAUAUGCGAAACACUAGUGUUGUCGCCGGCUAUUCAUUUGGGUGCCGCACAAGACAUACAUACAAUUUAAUAGAGUGUCUGAAGAGUAGAAGUGCUCUCGAUUUGACCGCAACAGAAGUUACGCCAGACGUGGGUUGGCUCGCAUGGGGUCCUGUUGUGGACCGUUGGACACGAGAGCGAACCGAACAAACUGUUCCCGAUUUGCCAGAAAAUUUACUUUCGAAGAAUGCCAUCGAAUUUGAUCCCGAUUUUGCGUAUAUGUCUGGUGUGACCAGAGAUGAGGGCUCGUAUUUUGUCUUCGCUAACGAAGAGCUCAAACGCAACAAUUAUUUGGUAAAUGAGGAGAUUUUGCAGAAAAAGGCCGAAGAGUUUGUGCGAAUAUAUAACUACACGUUAGACCAGGAAUCGCUGAUCCGUGCCAUCAAAUUCAUGUAUAUGCCAUGGAGUGAUCCAAACAACUUAACUCUCAUCAGACAGGGAUAUAUCGAUAUGUUGACCGACGCAUACUUUACGGCCGGAAACGAUAAAAUGGUUAAACUCAUGCUGAAGAACAAUGUGCGGACUUAUAUGUAUGCCUUGAACUAUACUAUAGAAGGCCUUAAUCUUCCGCAUUGGAUGGGUGUUCCGCACGACACGGAGUAUUUGCUGGCAUCGGGCGCACCGUUUAUGGACCCACGCUUUUUCCCGGCGGCACUCAAUCUAAAUCUGGCCGAUUGGACCGAAGCGGACAGAAAUAUGAGUCAACUCAUAAUGGAGUCGUGGGCUAACUUUGCCAGAUAUCCGAGCUGUCGACCCGGGAAUCCGCAACUCUGCGGUCCCACGCCUUACGCACUCUUCAACACAAUCCUCUGGAAACCGAUGGAUGAGAAAAACUUACAGUAUUUGUCCAUUAAUUCGACUAAUUAUACGGGCUAUUGGCAGUAUAUGUUGACCGACGCAUACUUUACGGCCGGAAACGAUAAAAUGGUUAAACUCAUGCUGAAGAACAAUGUGCGCACUUAUAUGUAUGCCUUGAACUAUACUAUAGAAGGCCUUAAUCUUCCGCAUUGGAUGGGUGUUCCGCACGACACGGAGUAUUUGCUGGCAUCGGGCGCACCGUUUAUGGACCCACGCUUUUUCCCGGCGGCGCUUAAUCUAAAUCUGGCCGAUUGGACCGAAGCGGACCGAAAUAUGAGUCAACUCAUAAUGGAGUCGUGGGCUAACUUUGCCAGAUAUCCGAGCUGUCGGCCCGGGAAUCCGCAACUCUGCGGUCCCACGCCUUACGCACUCUUCAACACAAUCCUCUGGAAACCGAUGGAUGAGAAAAACUUACAGUAUUUGUCCAUUAAUUCGACUAAUUAUACGGGCUAU